AUGAGCUUGCGAUACUACGCAGGUGCCGGCGGAGCUGGCGGUGGCUUUCGUCCCGCCACAGGCGGCUUUGGUUACGGCCGAGGUACAAAUGCUUACGGUGUUGGAGCCGGAGCCGGUGCAGGUGCUGGAACCGGUGUCGGCUUUGGCCGUGGCGCGGGCGGCUUUGGCGCAGGAGCCGCUGCUGGCGGUUUUGGUCGAGGUGCCGGCGCCGGCGGCUUUGGUGCUGGUGCGGGCGCAGGCGCAGGUGCAGGCUUUGCUGGCGGCUUUGGCCGAGGGGCGGGAACUGCUGCGCAGCAACAAAACGCGUUCGUGUUUGACGAGGGUGUCGGCAACAUGUUCUCCGUCACUGCCACCCCCGACUAUGGCGGCUACAGCUUUGAAGAGUGGCGCUUGAACGAUUACAUGAACGGCCGCAAGCCGCCUCCGGCCAUGGCAGCUCCUGCGAUGGGUCAAGCAGGCGGCAUGGGCAUGGGCGCUGGAAUCGGCAUGGGUCGCGGCACUGGCCUUGGCGCUACCGGUGGCAUGGGCAUGGGUCAGGCUGGCAUGGGUCAGGCUGGCAUGGGCAUGGGCCAGCAAGGCAUGGGCAUGGGUGCUGGAAUCGGCAUGGGUCGCGGCACCGGCCUCGGCGCAACCCCCGGCAUGGGCAUGGGACAAGGACUCGGCAUGGGUCGUGGUACCGGCAUCGGCGCAGCAGGCGGCAUGGGCAUGGGCCAACAAGGCAUGGGCAUGGGCAUGGGCCAGCAAGGCAUGGGCAUGGGCCGCGGCAUGGGCACCAUGGGUCAAGGCAUGGGCCAAAUGGGCCAGAUGGGUCAAGGCAUGGGUCAAAUGGGCCAAGGCAUGGGCCAGAUGGGCCAAGGCAUGGGCCAAAUGGGUCAAGGCAUGGGCCAGAUGAGGCCUGGCGUGAUGGGCCAAGGCAUGAUGGGCCAAGGCAUGAUGGGCCAGGGCAUGGGCCAGAUGGGUCAAGGCAUGGGUCAAGGCAUGGGACAAGGCAUGGGCCAAAUGGGUCAAAUGGGCCAGAUGGGCCAGAUGGGACAAGGCAUGGGCCAAAUGGGUCAGGGCAUGGGACAAAUGGGACAAAUGGGCCAAAUGGGACAAAUGGGACAAAUGGGACAAAUGGGUCAGAUGGGUCAGAUGGGCCAAAUGAACCAAAUGAACCAGAUGGGACAAAUGAACCAAAUGAACCAAAUGAACCAAAUGAACCAAAUGAACCAGAUGGCUCAGAUGAUGUCCAACCCGAUGUUUGCCCAAAUGAUGGCCAUGAUGACCAAUCCAAUGAUGGCCCAGCAAGCAGCUGGUGCGCAGCAACCACAACUCACUGCGCAGCAACAGGCUGCACUUGCUCAGCAACAAGCGCAAUUCAAACAAGCAACUUUGACCAACGCUCCGUACGGCAACUCAAACCUCUUCCUCCACUCUGGCAACCUUCCCAAGCCAGCCGGAGGCGCUGUCUUGCCUGCGGCGUCUGGUGCCGCAGGUGCCGCAGGUGCCGCUCAACCAGCUGCCGCCUCAGAUGGAGCUGCAAGCAGUUCCGGUGGUUCCGGUGCCUUGCGACCAAGCGCAGCCGCUGCUGGGCCCAAUAUUGCACACUUCAAGGUUACCCCUCGAUCGGCAUCCAAGGUGAAGCCACGGUCGUACGGUCGGCUGACGGCCGGCAGCGAUCGGGCUGGUGCCGGUUCUACGGCGAGCAGUGAUGGGCUGCACCUGUUUGAUGGCGGCUCGGCGGAUGAGACAGUCCUGAGCCCGGACAAGUUCGUUCCUCGUUCGAGCGUCAAAAAGUUAGUCAUUCUGCCGACCGGCGGCAGCGGGGGCGAGCAAUUGCACUUCCCUGGCGACAACCGUGAUCCUCGUGAUUUCCGCAGCGUGCCAGCCACACCUCUGGCUCACGGCAGUAUCUCGACUCCGAACGAUACUGCUCUAUUUAGUGGCUCACGCCGAGGCUCCCCGCCACAUGGAACAAUGCACUCAUUGACCAGCGCUGCGAGCGGCGGUCUCUUUUCUUCGCCCGUUCGUCCUUCGCCCCGGCGCGAGCCGCUCGUGCCCUCCUCCGGUUCUGAAGCCACCGGAUCUGCAUCAUCUUUGGACAACGGCUCGGCGACGCGCUCUGACUCGGCGAUUCUUCCGUCGAGCCGAGCGGGCGCAGGAUCAAGCUCGAGCGCCGUUACUAGUAGUUCCGAUCCUAGCAGCCACAGCCACAGCCACAGCAGCAGCAGCAGCAGCAGCAGCAGCAACCUGAAACUGACGAGCGCUCGCGAGGAAGGCAAAAAAGCACCGUCAGCAGCUGCGUCUGACUCGAGAGAAUCCGCCUCCGCGUUCAACGCCUCCGCCAACACUUCGUCCGAGUCUGUCAGUAACAGCGGUAUUGUGUGCACGCAAGAAGGGUACUACACCCGACCGUCCGUGGCCGAGCUCGACGAGUUGUCUGAAUUGGAGUUGACUCGCGUGAAGGACUUUGUUGUGGGUCGCGAGGACGUUGGCGAGGUUUUGUUCCCUGGAGCUACCGACGUUCGCGAUCUGGACUUGGAUGCCAUUCUCGAUUUCCAACCCCGCGCCAUCUCCAUCUACCCCGACGAGGACGCCAAGCCGCCGGUUGGCCAAGCGCUCAACAAGGAGGCCAUCAUCACUUUGCUGGACGUCUAUCCCAUGAAUGCAGCUACCAAGGAGCUCAACCGCGACCCCGCCAGUCUUCUCGAGAAGCAAUACCCCGAGAAGCUCCGAGCGGCUGCCGUCAAGAUGGGCGCAGUGUUCCUGUCCUACGAUGUGAACAGCGGCGUUUGGAAGUUCCGCGUGGAUCACUUCUCACGCUAUUCCUUGUCUCAUGAUGCCCAGGGCAAUCCAGAAGGUCUCCAUUCGGAGAGCUCUCGUCGCAGCGGCUUGUCCUUUGCUCCCGCAGCUCGUGGUGCCUCCAUCCGUUCGCCUUGGACUGCCGCACCGACGUCCUCGGCAGCGGCCGUGUCCCACCAGACGUCAAGUUUCCCUUCAAUCCUUCAGACCGACCUCGGCGACGACGUCAUCGAUGGGGAUACUUCAACCUUCCCGUCGGCCAUGCUCGGCAUCGAUGAUGCACCCCCGAGCAGCUUAUCAACGAGUCGCUUGAACACCAGCCAACCAACAUCAGAUUCUUUUUUCGGCCAAGCGCCGGGCGUUGCGCAGCAUCCUCUGACCACCUCCCGGCGCUUUUUGGCUUCUGAACUUGGGCUGAAUCCCAAGACCAUGCAGCUGAUGAAGGCAUCGUACUUUAAUGACGACCCGAGCAGCAGCAGCAGCAGCACUGACACAACAACAGACGGCUCCGUCCAACCCAUUCCAGCAUCCUUUUCAACCACCAUAUCCGAUUCAGCGAGAACCCGCCUGGGCGAUCGCAACUACCACACUUCAUCUGCCUCUCCUCACAUUCGUCAGCGAAUUGGGCCUGCACCGUCCGCUGCCACCACCACCACAACCACCACAGCACUUUCCUCUGCCACGCCUUCCAUCGUAGCAUCGGCCUCUGGGCGCGCCACUUUUGCCGCAACCUCCUUGUCGGUUGCCAGUCGUCUUGAUGCGCUGGCGGGCCGGCUUUCCCGCCCCUCAAUCGCCCCAACGACUGCCAGCGCUACCGCCGUCUCCGUUUCGACCGCCGCAACUGCCCUUGCAGCGCGGUUUGAGGCCGAGACAAGCACGCUUCUCACGCAGCCCCUCCGCGAGCCAUGCGUCAUUCCCGCCACGAGCUCCAUCGCCCACCCUUUGAACAACAAGUCCACUGUUGAUGCUGGCUAUUCAAUGUCGCGUUCGUUUCGCAUCGGGUGGGGUCCGGGAAACACGUUGGUUUUGCCGUCCAGGCAGCCCGUGCGCCCCGCCGCCCCGCUCGCGCCGAGCUCGCCAUUGCCCGCUUCAGUGGCCAUCACGUCGUCCGGCUCGGAGUCGUCUGCGCUGCAUGUAGUACAGAUUCAGCAAGUCAAGCCUGACCUCGUGGGCACGACACCUGCUCACCUGGAGCGGCUGCUGCAGCACCAGCUCGACUUUUCCAUCGUGCAAGAGCGCACUAAUCCUCGAGUGCCCCACGCCUCGAGGAGCAGCAGCAGCAGCAUGGCCGUCGAUUCGAACCUCGCAUCCACUUGCUUUGGGCUUCCUCAGAACAAGUUGGCCCUGAUUGCGCAGCUCAUGCGACGGAUACUCGCCGAUGUGGACGCGCAACUGGCAGAGUGCAAUACGAGUAAGCUGCUCGUCAACCCCUCGACGACAGCAACGUCGAGCGGCAUGGACUCGGGUCUGAGCUCACCGGCAUCCUCGCGAGCCCUCAAGCUUGCCACGAGCGGUUCAAAGCGCCCAGCACACUCCACCCAAAGUCCCGGCGCUUGGUCUCGUGAGGAGGCUGUGCUCGACGCCGUGCACAGUGCAUGGUCACUCACUCACGCAUUAUUCAGCCAGGAGGCAGACCUUGGCGUGCUGGGUUCUCACGGAGGACGCGAGGACCAGUUGCGCCGCCAGACCGUGACGCGGUGGCUGGCGCGUGCCACGCGCCGCACUGUCGAUGCUGAGGUUGGGGCCAAGCUGGUCGCCCGUCGCCGCCAGCUGGCUGCCCAAUCCGCACUUGCGCCGACCGACAGUGGCAGCGACUCGCUCGACAUUAUUUUCACCCUUCUGACGGGUCGCCGUUUGCAGCAUGCCUGCCGCGUGGCCCAGGAAACGGGCAAUCUUCGGCUGGCCAUGUUGAUGUCGCAAGUCUUGGAGCACGAGCACAUCCGGGACAUUGUCGAGCAACAAUUGCAAAACUGGGCCGACAGCGGGGCAGACAACCACAUGGACAAGCUUGCUUGGCGAUUGUACACGCUGCUCAGCGGCCAUGUAUCCGAGGUCUGCGCCGAGCUCGACUGGAAGCGCGCCUUUGGUGUCGCGUUGUGGUUUGGCACCGAUCCGCGUUCGUCCAUUCGGGAUGCCAUGGUCGCCUACCAACAUGCUCUGGACCACAAGAAGGCCUCGUUCCCUGUGCCAGUGUACCACGAGCGGGCGCUUGAGCGACAUGGACGCGAAGGCACCUCCAGUUCGACUCGGCGCCUUCCCCUCGAUCUCAGCUACCACUUGCUCCAGCUGUAUCUCUCGCUUGACGGCGAGCUUGAGACAAACACCACAGAGUCUGUCUUCCUGGCCAAUUUGCUGUUGCCUGCGAACUGGACCCCGUCGCGCUUGGAUUAUUCGCAGAGUUGGCAUCUCUUCCAUGUGCUCGCGUCCCUUCGCGAUUUCAAGCUGGAGGAUGUGGUCUACCACAAGCUGCAAGCCAACUACAUCAACCAACUCCAAGCAUUAGGUCUCUGGCGCUGGGCGAUUUUCGUCGCGUUGCACUCACACAACCAGGCGCAUUGCGAUGCCAUUGUGCGUGAUCUCCUGUUCCAGCACGCGCCAUCCUUCACAAAACGUGACGAAGUGUUCCUCCUUGAGACUUUGCGCAUCCCAGCUCCUUGGAUUGAAGAAGCAAAGGCCUUGUGGUGCCGUUACCAGGGCUGUGCCAGCGGCAAGAACGAAAUUGUUGCCCGCACGUUGGCGUAUCGCCAGAUCGGCCACCUCCUGCGAGCGGGUCGAUUUAUCGCUGCUCACUCUGUUCUAUGCACGUCCUACGCUGCUUACUGCAUCGUGCAUGAGCGAGUUGACCGACUCCAGACCUUCCUUUCCGCACUCGAGCCGCAUCGCGACCACAUUCCACGCUGGCUCGAUGGAGGACAGGUGUAUUCCGACUUGCUUCGUUUGAUUCGUACCCGUGCUCUUCUCGACCGACCAGCGGACGCGGCUGUAAAGCCAAGCGAACUUCGAGACUGCGUUUCGCGAGUCGUCGCUCAUCUUCCCAAUCUGCCGUCAUCAUCGCGACUCGAUCGAAUUUGCCGAUCUGUGAUUGCCACGCACAUCUCUGCCGUUGGCAAACUGUUGGACGCCGCGGGGCAGCGAGAGGCGCCCGACUCGACUCCAUCGUGGCUGCUGGAGACGGCGACGCGUACUGCCGCGUUGCCGUUGGCCGAGCCUGUUCGCCAGUCCGAGCUUCAGCUCAUGUCGCUUGAUUGCGUGGCCCUAUUGAACGCGUAGAGCUUUUGUUCCUUGGACCUUCUUCUGCUCAAGUCCACUUCAUUGUGGCAAGGCGGCUUUUUUUUGUUGUUGUUUUUGUCGUGAUGAUUGAAGCUCCACCUCAUCUCUCCACGUCUUAUUGAAUGUCUUUGUUUAAGUUCAACAUAAAGCGUACCACCAUCCUCACCA